CAUAAGUAUUAUACUGACCCGACUUACAUUUGACAAGUGUCAUGUUAUAAAGGGUAGUGUGAAGUUUACAUCUGUCACUGAAACGAAACAGCAAAGUAGUUGAUAGCGAGCGACUGAGGCAAACAUGACAGAUUUAUUAGCAAAAAGUCUUGGCUCGGACGAUUUCAAUCCAGAGAAAUUUGUCAAAGAGCUGAGCAGUCAGUGUGUAGGGGCGGAUGAAUUGAGGCAACAACGAGCUAAGAUUCAAGUGCUUGCAGACAGCACAUCUGCACAAUUGAAGAAAAAUGUCUAUCAGAAUUACAUGCAGUUUAUUGAAACUGCUAAGGAAAUAUCACACCUGGAGAGCGAGAUGUACCAGCUCUCCCAAUUACUAGGUGAACAGAGGUCAAUUUUAGGUACUCUCGGAUCUAUCGGUGCAACUGGAACAAUUUUUGACGAAUCUUUGGAAACUCAGAAUGGUGGUAUGCAUAAUACAGGUGCCAAAGACGAAGAACAAAAAUCUAAGCUUAUUCAAUUACUCGAAAAUGUUGAAGGUGCUAUGAGCUUGGUAGAAACUCCGGGUCGAAUCUGUUUGCACGAAGGAUCUUUGCUUGAACUGGAUCCUUUGGAAGGAACACCUUUGAAACGAAUUCAUGCUUACCUAUUCAAUGAUGUUCUUAUGAUUGCUUCUUGGUUGGCCACUGGUGGGAGACGUGGACCACCCAGAUAUAAAAUGCAAGCAGUUUAUGAUCUACAAAGUUUAGCUGUUGUCAAUGUGAGAGACUUGGGAACCGUUAAACUGGCCUUCAAAUUGUUGGCAUUUCCUGAUACCAGAGUAUUUCAAUGUGCAUCAGCAACCAGCAAGAAAGAAUGGUUGGACAAGUGUGAACAAGCAAAAAAAGCUAAACUGACACAAGAAAAUCAAACCGAAUCAUUGGAUAAGGAUAAAGUUGAAAAAAAUGAGCAAAUAUUACCCUCUCGUUCAAUGUCCCUCGACUCUAACACAUUAGGAAUGGAUAAUGAACUGGAUUCGGAAGGAGUUGAUCCAUUGCCUGAAUGGUUAUUAGAAGUGGCGGAAGACCUAGAUUCUUGUAUUGCACAACGUCACUUUGAAGAGGCUUAUAAUUUACUUGAAAAAGCUAGAACUUACCUCAGUGAAGCACAAACUACAGCCACCUUAACCGGAAUCAAGACUAAGGUGGACGAAAGAGCACAAUCUCUGGUUGAUGUUCUUACGAAAGAACUGGAACUGAGUUCUGAGGCUAAAUCACUCCAAGGAGGUGGUCUACGAAGUGCAAGAAGGGCUGUCAGAUUAUUAAUUCAGUUGGAUCGAAGUGCACAAGCCUGUCAAUUAUUUCUAAGAUUAUGUAAUGCCGCACUCAAAGUUCAGUUGAAAAGGGUUAAAAGAGAAGGACCCACCGUGCCUUAUGUGAAACAGCUGAGUGCCAUCGCUUUCAGUAAUAUGGCCGAAAUGGCGAGAGAAUUCCUUCGGAUUUUUCCUAAGUCUGCAAAUUGCACUUCCGCUUUAGUUGUCUGGUGUGGUCAGGAAGUAAAGCAUUUGACGUCGCACUUGAUUAAACAAGUUUUUAUACCACAAGUCUCCACAAAUACACUUGCGGAAUGCAUCGUGGCCGUCAGAAGUCACUGUAAUCAGCUGAUGCAACUCGGUAUCGACCUUCGUUAUCAGUUGGAUGGGCAUCUCAGAACCCCGUUGACCAGGGCGUUGCAAGAUGCUGGGGAAAAAUAUGUGGAUGCAAUUAAAGUCCGUGCAGCAGAAGAUACUUGGCGUCCAUCCAAUCAAUCGAGCCAAAGUCUUAGUAAACUGGUUGCAGAGUUGGAUGACCUUGGAAUUGGCGUUCCUCCGUCAUACAGAACGAGCGAUACCUGGUUAUCAUUGACAAGCAAUACCUUGGCCUUUUCAAGGCUGUACAUCGGAUUGUUAGAGGAUUGUCUAAGCGUCAACACUCCGGAGUUAAUGAUAACCAUCGACAGUGUUUUGAUAUCUGUGAUGAGAGCGCAAGUACAACAUCUGCUAGCAUCUCUGAACAAUCCGAAGUUCAAACAGGAGAGGAAAGUGGUGCAAGAUAAUGCUAUUUAUAUCAGAGAUAUUGUCAUUGGCCGAGGAUUGGAACUUUAUCAAAGUGCCACUGCUCGAGAAUUCACAAAGCUAGUCACAUUGAAAGAACAGAUUGUGUUCGAUCCUGUAGCUGUAACUAAGCCUAAAGCUGCGCCAAGAACAGCGGUAACCAAAUACUCGACUACUGAAUACCUUUGAAUCAUUACGGUCUUCUAUUUAUGAGGUAGGAUCAAGUACAGAAUAAUAUAUUAUAACAAAAAAAAUAUUACGUAUUAAAAUUAAAGUUACGUAACAAAUCGGUUAGUUAGUGAACAUAUUCUCAGCACGUGCGAUGAAUUAUAGGAGAAAUAAAUUAGAUGUUUUCAAGUUAUGUUUAAAAAACUUUAAUAUUGGGACUCACGCUGAAUACAUGUAAAAAGAAGCUAACGUAAUAAAGAGUCCGCUCUCGCGCGUGAAUCGUCCACGAAUUGUGCUUAUUCACUAAUCAGUCUAUCACUGAUACUCCGAUCAUUCACUUGUAAAAUAUCAUACCACUAUUCGGAUAGAGUGCUAAUUCUAGAACACUCAAUACAUUUUGCUAAAUCAGUUGCUCACGCAAAGAAUUAAUUAUUAAGUGUCUGCUAAAUUGAUUAUUCAUCAUAUUUGACGAGCCAUUUGAUUCAUAAACGCAACGACAAACUGACUGUGCAUGGUAUAUGCAGGUAUACUUAUAAAUACAGUAACUUGUAAAUAAAUAAUGGGCACAGUUCAUCUAGAUAUUUAGAUUCCAGCAAUACCUUUUUUCCUCAUAUGUACAUAACAAAUUAAAGGUAAAAUUGGCGUAAAUCUUUGAUGGAAAGGUAUCCGCCUAAAAAUUAUCUGUUUCCUAGAAUUCUCCUUGUAGGAGACGUUGAUUUGCUAGCAAGUAUUAAUGAUCAAAAAUAAACAGAACGUUUGUCUAGUUUUAUUCGAUUUUCAAUGAGCAACAAAUAUCAAAAAUUAAUUAUAAGAGGAUUUUUUUUUUUUGGCAUUCAAAGGCAGUAGAAAUUUUUGGAUGGCCAGUGAACGCAAUGCAAGUAUCUAAUGCACAGUAAGUCAUAAAUAGAACAAUUGUGACUAAAAUGUAUAAUAUUUACAAUUUCAUGGUGCGCAGUAAACUCCAUCAGUCAUCAUUCAGUGACAGUUUCUUCAGGUUGAGCAACUUGCGCUGCUGUCUCUAUCUUCUUCUUCUUGGCACGAAUAUCUGCCAAAGUUUCCUCGAUACUUCGCUGGUCCUUUUUAUUUUCGCUGGGCAC